CAACGUUGGGUGGAGAAGGAGAGGGGGAGGUGCACCCCACAGUACACCCAUUACUAUGGAAACAGGUAAACUGUACGAGCGCUUGAAGAACAAAGUGACAUGUACUGGUAAUCCUAUGGACAAGAUACGAAUACAUAACACUGAGGAUUCGUGAUUGGGAUGAUAACUAUGCUUGCUUGCUUCAUGCAUCAUAGGCCGGAGGAGAUUGAUGAUCUGACUUGUUGCGGAUUUGUAGCAGCUGAAAGAUGUCCUUUGCACCGAGGACCUCACUAACCUCAGCCAAGAUGACCUCACUAACCUCGGCCAAGAUGACCUCACUAACCUCGGCCAAGAUGCAGACCAAAAUGAGUGCCUGGACACCUCUUAACCACCAGCUGUCUAAUAACAAUGUGUUUGAAGAGCGAAGAAACCUGCUGGGAAAAUGGUUUGACAAGUGGAGCGACGGCCAGAGGAAGGCGGUUCUACAGGACUUUUUCUCGCGGUGUUCAGUGGGCCAGCUGCGUUUCCUCCGUCAGAACCUGACCAAGAGGGUUCCAGAAGAGAACCUAGACUUCACCUCUGUCCUGCCCAGAGUUCUCUCUCUCUAUGUCUUCUCUUUCCUCGACCCCAGGAGUCUUUGCAGGUGUGCACAGGUGAGUUGGCACUGGAAGGGUAUAGUUGAGUUGGACCAGCAAUGGAUGCCCAAGUGUCUUAAACUGGGCUGGUGCAUCAACUUUGCUCCCACACCAUUUGAACAUGGGGUCUGGAAGAGACACUACAUAGAGACCGUACUGGAGCUCCACAUCGGCAAACCUAAGACUCUAUCACAGCAGGAGUUCAUUGUCCCCGAGGUGACGUCCAUAAACAGUGUGACGUUUGACCAAUCAGAGAGCUUCCUCAGAGAGGUGCGAUCCGCACACCCCGUCCAGCAAGAGAGGAGCGGUGGCGGCACCACGAGGUGGUCAGGAGGGUCCCAGCUGAAGGGGCUACCCCCGUGGAGGGGUGCAGACAGACACCCCACUGACACCGUGCGAUUCAAUUAUCUGGAAAAUCUGGACCCCAUAGAGCACGCCCACCAAGCAAAAGUGAAGAGCAGAGGGGUCUUCAACACAUACAAUGAAAAUAAGAAAGAGCUGUCUGCAUUCAAUUAUAAACUGCGCAAGGCAAAGUCAUUGAUGUUCCUGUCCUUGGACCUGACUCCAGGUUCGGGUUCUGGAGCAGGACAGCAGAAGCAGAACCGGUUCCGCCCCCAAUGGGCCACACAGAGCCUAGAGUACCCUGUCACCAAGGCAACAGCCAAGAGCCUGUCGCGGUCGAGCCAAUGGAACGCUGGGAUACGACCUAGUCCUGUGAGGCCAGCGGUGCCCAGGCUCAGUCAGGAAGGACUGAGGGCAUCAAUGAGGACAAACAGGAGUACUCCUAGUUAGAAACAUCUUUCCCUCCCUUCCUUCCUCCUUUUCUUCUUUCCUACUUUCCUUAAAUCUGUCCAUCGCACAGGACACACAGGACCACGCCUAGUAAGACAAUAGAUGACCAAUCCUUUCAAUGUACAUUCUUGGUUGAACUAACAGAAUGAGCUCUCCAUCAAAAAGGAAACUUGUGUCCAAGGAAACACGUGACAUGACAUUCUUACUCAAUUAAUGCUUUCUUUCACUGCGUGAAUGUUCUGUAUCAUGUAUGAUGUAUAAUUGACUUACAUGGUUUGAGGUUUCAGCAGCACCACUGUUUGAGGGACGGAGGAUACCAGCGACCAGUGGUGGAUCAGACGAGUGAACUAUAUCGCCACCCUGUGGAGCACGUUAGUACUGUAGCACAGACGUUCUGCAUGCCUACAUGUUAUACAGUCCGUAUUGUCCCGCAGCAGCGGUGCUCAACUGGAGUCUGACCAAUGUU